AUGGGUAAGAAAUCAAAGAAGCAAGUUCAAGCAGGUGACUGGGAUGUUGACUCGGCCGAUGAAGCAGCCCAAGAAGUGGAACAAUUAGAAAUUGGUACCUCAUCACCAGCUGAUGAUGAAAAAAUAGAAGACGCCACUACAAGUGAACCUGCAGAAGCUGAAGAAGCAACUGCAGAUGAUUUCCUUUCUUCAAUUCGUACUUCAAAGAAAAAGAAGCAAGAGAAGGAAGAAGAAGACAAGAAGAAUGCUAAUGGUCCUAAGAUUUUAUCUAAGAAGGAAAAGGAAAAGUUGAAGAAAGAAAAGGAAAAGGAACUUAAGAAGGAACAAGCCGCAAAAAAGAAAGCCCAACAGGCAGCAAAGAAGGAAGAGAUUAAAGCUGCUAACAAGCAAAAUGCAGCUGCCGCUGCUGAUAAGACUUCAGCUACUCCUGAACCUGAAGAACCAAAGAAGAAAGCUCCAGCUGGAAAGAAGGUUCCAGCAGGUCUUGCAGCCCUUAAGCGUCAAUUAGAGUUGAAGAAACAACUUGAAGAUGAACAACGUCGUCUUGAAGAGGAAGAAGAGGAAAAGGCUGCUGCUGAAGAAAAAGCUGCUGCUGAAGAAGAAGCUGCUAAGGAGGCUGCUAGAGCUGCCAAAAAAGAAAAGGAGAGGUUGAAGAAAGAGCAAUUAAAGGCAGAAGGUAAGCUUUUAACUAAGAAACAAAAGGAAGAAAAGAAAUUACAAGAGCGUCGUCGUGAACAAUUAUUGCAAGGUAAUGUUGUUGUUGCAGGUUUACAAAAGCUAGAUGAAGGAGAAGUUCAACCAAAACCAAAGAAAGUUGUGUAUGGUAAGAAGAAGUCGACUAAACCAAAGACUUUUAUCCAAAAGGAUCAAAAGAAGGCUGAAGAGACUAAGAAAGAAGAUGACGAAGAAAUCUUAGAUGACUGGGAGAAAUUAGCAGAUGAUGAACCUAUUGCUGACGAUUGGGCAGCCCUAGCUGAAGAUGAUGAAGAAGAGGUUGCUGCUGAAGAAGAUGAAGAAGAAGAUGAAGAUGACAGUGAAGAUGAAGAAGAUGCAGAAGCUGCUAAGCAGGCUGCUGCUGCCAAGGCUGCUGCUGAAGCAGAAGCUAAAGCUGCAUUGGAAGCUAAAGCUAAGGCUGAAGAAGAAGCUAGAGCCGAAGCUGCUAAAAAGCAAGAGGCUGUUGUCGCUGCUUCGACCACUCCUUCGGAAAAGGACCUUCGUUCCCCAAUUUGUUGUAUUCUUGGGCAUGUCGAUACUGGUAAAACUAAACUUCUUGAUAAAAUUCGUCAAACAAAUGUCCAAGGCGGAGAAGCAGGUGGUAUUACCCAACAAAUCGGUGCAACAUAUUUCCCUGUUGAUGCUAUUAAGCAAAAAACUGCUGUCAUGGCCCAGUAUGAAAAGCAAACUUUUGAAGUUCCAGGUCUUUUAAUCAUUGAUACUCCAGGUCACGAGUCCUUCUCUAACUUGCGUUCUAGAGGUUCUUCCCUUUGUAACAUCGCUAUUUUGGUGAUUGAUAUUAUGCAUGGUUUAGAACAACAAACUAUUGAAUCUAUUAGAUUGUUACGAGAUAGAAAGGCCCCAUUCAUUGUUGCAUUAAAUAAAAUUGAUAGACUUUAUGAUUGGAAAGAAUUCCCUAACAAUUCAUUCAGAGACUCUUUCGCAAGACAAGCUAAAUCAGUUCAACAAGAAUUCCAAAAUAGGUACGAACAAAUUAAGGUUGCUCUUGCUGAGCAAGGAUUGAAUUCCGAAUUGUAUUACCAAAACAAGAAUAUAUCUAAGUACGUUUCCAUUGUUCCAACUUCUGCUGUUACAGGUGAAGGUGUUCCAGAUUUGUUGUGGUUGCUUUUAGAAUUAACUCAAAAGAGAAUGUCUAAGCAAUUGAUGUACUUGUCAAAGGUUGAAGCUACUAUCUUAGAAGUUAAAGUUGUGGAAGGUUUUGGUUACACAAUUGAUGUUGUCUUAUCAAAUGGUAUCUUACGUGAAGGUGACAGGGUUGUACUCUGUGGUUUGAAUGGUCCGAUCGCUACAAACAUUAGAGCUUUAUUGACUCCACCACCAUCUAGGGAAUUACGUAUUAAGUCUGAAUACGUUCAUCACAAGGAAGUCAAGGCAGCUUUGGGUGUCAAGAUUGCGGCAAAUGACUUAGAAAAGGCUGUUGCUGGUUCUAGAUUAGUUGUUGUUGGUGAAGAUGAUGACGAAGAAGAAAUUAUGGAAGAAGUCAUGGAUGACUUAACUGGAUUAUUGGACAGUGUCGAUACAUCUGGUAAGGGUGUAGUUGUUCAAGCCUCUACUUUAGGUUCUUUGGAAGCAUUGUUAGAUUUCUUAAAGGACAUGAAGAUUCCUGUUAUGUCUAUUGGAUUAGGUCCAGUUUACAAGAGAGAUAUUAUGAAGGCAACCACUAUGUUGGAGAAGGCACCAGAAUUGGCUAUCAUGUUGUGUUUCGAUGUGAAGGUUGAUAAAGAAGCAGAACAAUAUGCUGAGGAAAAUAAGAUUAAAAUUUUCAAUGCUGAUAUUAUUUACCAUCUUUUCGAUCAAUUUACUGCUUACCAAGCAAAAUUAAUGGAAGUUCGUCGUAAAGACUUUAUGGAAUACGCUAUCUUCCCAUGUGUGUUGAAGACCAUUCAAAUCAUUAAUAAGAGAAAUCCAAUGAUUAUCGGUGUUGAUGUUGUAGAAGGUGCUGUUCGUCUUGGAACUCCUAUUUGUGCUGUCCGUCAAGAUCCUGUAACUAAGACUCCAAACAUUAUGGUCUUAGGAAAGGUUGUUUCGUUAGAAGUUAAUCACAAGUCUUUAGAUGUUGUUAAAAAGGGACAAACAUCAGCAGGUGUAGCCAUGAGAUUGGACAAUCCUUCAGCUGCUCAACCAACCUGGGGACGUCAUGUUGAUGAAACUGACAACUUGUAUUCAUUACUUUCCAGAAGGUCUAUUGAUACUUUGAAGGAUGCUGCCUUCCGUGAUAGUGUCAGCAGAGAUGACUGGUUAUUGAUAAAAAAAUUGAAACCUGUAUUCGACAUUAAAUAG